AUGACUCGCUUCACAGCUAUUAUCGCACUUGCCUUGGUCUGCCUCUUUGGUCUCGCUCAAGCCGAUCCCUUCUACUUUGGAAUUUGCUCUUGCUUCAACCCAUCAUAUGAUGCUUCAUGCUGUAUCCUUGCCAAAGGCUCCAUGACUGGAAAUGUUUGCCAAACUGGAAAUGAACACUCUACCGUAAAGGCUUAUAAGAAAUGCUGCUUAGGUAGUGGAGGUUAUGCGAAGUGCAAGUCCGGAGCUCGUGCUGAUGGUAUUCGCCCUUAUUGGGAUGGAGAAUACAACUGUACUUCCAACCCUACUAUCACUCCUUAGAACAGCAAUGUACGCUUUCAAUAAACCGAA